AUCGAAUGAAGUUUAUUUUUAGGAGAACUGUCGUAUAAGAACGAGGUUUUACGCAUGAGGUUUUACUAGUGUGUGGUGAUAUUGGAAUGUGUUUGUAUUGUGAAUUCGUAUCAUCCUAUUCAGCUGCCGCCGAUAGAACUGCGUUUUAUCAAGGUAUAUAUGAUAUACGACUUUACUCUGACUUUGUGAGAAUUUACAACAUUUAUACUAUUUAGUCAAAGGUAAAUCGGAUCUUUACAAACAAGUUAAUAUGGUUCAAUUGAACCCAAUAAUGAUCAUCAGGUGACAAGCAAGUACUGAAUCAAUGGCCCGAUUUCUGCCUGAGAGACGGUACCUACUGUAUCAACGUUGUCAUAAUGUUCGGUUUACGUUGCGAUAACGUUGUCAAUUUACGUGCGCCCGACGUUAUUUUGUCGACUCCAGGGGACGUUGUCACAACGUUGUCGAAAAACGUAAGAAAAAACGUUCGCACAACGUUUAUGAAACGUAAAUAUAUUGAAGCGAAACGUUCACACAACGUUUACGAAACGUAAAUAUAUUGAAGCGAAACGUUCACACAACGUUCAUAGAACGAAAUAUUUACUUCAAAAUCUUUUAUGUAGUUUACUGUAAAAUUACAAUACCAGGAAUAAAAAAUUACUUAAACAUCUUUAUUGUUCAUAAAUGUUUCUGCUAAUGUUGUCAUCUCGUGAAUGUUUCACAUGAGUUCCAGCUUUUCGAUGAAAGCGUUAGCCAUCGCUGUAAUAAGUAAAUUAUUUCCGUUUGUUCAGCCACAUAGUUUACCAUUAUAUUGUACGUAUAGUAUUUGAUGAUCAUCCAUAUUCUUGCCUUCGCAUUCUAAAGUUGUAUAUCUUGAACAAGAGAAAAUAUAACUCAUUCGCCAGAAAGUAUUCUCACUUUAAUAGACGAUGGCCGGAGUGACAUAAUUAACGAUCAGACAACGAGGCCGAGUUGUCUAUGAGCGAAUAGUCAACGAGGCGAAGCCGAGUUGACUAUUUGCUCAUAGACAACGAGGCCGAGUUGUCUAAUUGUUUUAGUAUAAACUUUAACUUUAAUUUACAACUGGGCGGCAAACACAACACAAAAAUACACAAAAAAAAACAUUAUAAAACCAUUAAAGGUAAACAAAUAUUUUAGUUUUUGUUCGCGUAAAAUGUUUUACAAAAUUCAGUUUUAAUUUUAAAAUUUCAUUGAGUGUAUAUUAUUUUGUCUAUUUUCUUACCGUUAAAAAUUGCCAUUCCAUAUUUUUGUUGCUUUUUUUCGGGGGGUUUUAGUACAGAAUUGUUCAACAAGUCGUCCAAAAAAUCAUCAGACACUUCGGCAAAAGUGCAAAACGCGAAUUUUCCGCCAUUUUGAAUUUUCUCAUAUUAGUAGGCUAUCACUAAUAGCCUACUCGUAGCGUAGCCAAUCAGAAGGCACGAAAUGUGAUAGCCUACUAGUAGGUUUAUACUAAUAUCCAUUAUCCACCAUAUAGCUUUUACGUUUACUGUAAAAUUACAAUACCAGGAAUAAAAAAAUUACUUAAAUAUCUUUAUUGUUCAUAAAUGUUUCUGCUAAUGUUGUCAAUCUCGUGAAUGUUUCACAGUUCCAGCUUUUCGAUGAAAGCGUUAGCCAUCGCUGUAAUAAGUAAAUUAUCUUGGUUUGUUCAGCCACAUAGUUUACCAUUAUAUUGUACGUAUAGUAUUUGAUGAUCAUCCAUAUUCUUGCCUUCACAUUCUAAAGUUGUAUAUCUUGAACAAGAGAAAGUAUACCACAUUCGUCAGAAAGUAUUCUCACUUUAAUAGACGAUGGAGUGACAUAUCCAUGAUCCACACAUAUAGCUUUAAUCUUUAUUAUAUAAAUUUCACUGGAAACCCAACGGUGAUGAAGGUCUCAUAAGUGUUGUCAAUCUCGUCUUCGGCUCGACUGAUAACACUUACCUAGUUACCUUGACCUUGAUAAUUAACAAUUAUUGGAUGAGGUUUUUAAAAUUAGCCCUAUUAUCAUUAGAGACGGACAAGUCGUCUAGACGAACAAAUCGUCUCUCAAAAAUCGUCUUCACAGACGGACAAGUAGUCGAACAAAUUCAGACGACUUGUUCGUCUAAAAUUUUGUCCGACACGUUUUCACAUCUGAUGAUUUGUCCGAUUAAAAGACGAUUUUGAGACGAUUUGUUCGUCUGGACGACUUGUCCGUCUUCUAAUGUGAAAACGACUAAUAGCCGUGCGGAUUAUCAUGCAAAGGCCGAGGUAAGCGUUAUCAGCCGAGCCGAAGGCGAGGCUGAUAACGCUUACCGAGACCUUGAUAGUUUUGCAUAUCGCAAAAACCGAAUUCAAUAAUUGUUUUAUUAUACAUUUAUUUGUGUUAAAUAAAUACCGCUUGCUAAUCAUCUCAGGCUCAAGUUGUGUGAUUGCGCGAUUUAACUGUAAGCUCUUAGCCAAUCAAAUUGCUUUUACCAACUAUACAAUGUAUAAUAAUUCUAGAUAUCACAAAAACCUCAUUCAAUGCAUGUAUAUGACUGUUUAUUAUCAGUUUUUAUUCUAUGUAGCGUCACAAACAGUCACCCAAACUUUUUAGCUUGACAAAUAGCCAUUGAUUAUUUUGUAUCUAUGUAUAUUUCAUUUUUCCAGGGGCAAAUUGCCCUUUUUACCGCCCUCCUCCUAUGGGCGCCCCGCGGUCUGGUUCAGUAUUGACUAUUGGUUGUUGUCUUAAACACUGUAGGAAUAGUAACUUCUAAACAGGGUCUAAUCAUUUGUUGAUCAAUGAAUUUCGCCAAUUUGGAAUGUCCCAACAGGGAUAUGGGAACACCAUUUAAAAUGUCACAUCUUUUAUCAUCGCUUGUUUUAGAGCAUGCUGGCAGAAUUGAUGAAAGCAGACAAAUAUCGUAUCUGGAUCUUUAUUUUGUUGGAGACGUUUCAUGUGGUAAAACAAGUCUUGUCAAAGCAAUGAAAAUGAAAGCAUGUCCUUAUCCAGUCCAGUCAAGUGAAUUUAGAGAACAUGUUCACUAUAAAUAUCACCUGUUUCAUGAAGAGCCAUGUCUUGUGAUUUCCAGGCUAAUUGAUGAUAGACGCAUGGAGGAUGUCAAGACAAGACGUAUUUGGUACACAGGCCUUUGUUCCUUCACAGCUGUGAUAGUGCUGUGUUACUCCAUCGAUUCUUGCGAGAGUUUCAAUAAUGUCAAGAAAUGGCUGACAGAAAUACGGGAGCAUUGUGGUAGAAAUAUUAAAGACAUACGAAUAAUAUUGCUUGGUUUAAAAACAGAUCUACGUUUCGAGGAAAAAGCAGGUGAAUUUGUAUUCCACAAAGAAGGCAAGAAAAUGGCAAAAAAGAUUGGGGCUUCAUGUUAUAUAGAAUGCUCAACGGUAUCUGGUGAAGGAAUAGACGAGGUUUUCAAGAAAGCUUAUGAAAUGAUCAGUGAAGUGAGAUCAAAAGGCAGACUUUGCAGAAUGCUUAAGUUUUGUAUGCCUUUCUGAAGGACCCGCAUCAAAGUUGUGAACUUUCUUGCACUUAGAAAUUCAACAUUUUGUAAUGCACUAUACAAUUUUUUACAACUUCAUCCCCCGGUUUUGAAAGAACGUUUGCUUUGUAUGCCAUCACAAGCAUGAGUAAAUUGGCUAAUUUUUUCCUAUUAAUCCCCGAGCCGACGGCGCGAAGCGCCGUGCGAGGGUACUAAUUCCCCCCCGGCUAUUUACACCCGGAGAAACGAAAGCAUUAGCGGUUAUCGUUCCAUGUUUCGCGCACCAAUAUAAGUUGGGGUUAGGGGUUAGGUAUUAGGGUUAGGGGUUAGGUUAGGGUUAGGGGUUAGGGUUAGGUUUAAGGUUAGGUAUAGGUUUACGGUGUGUAUAUACGUGUAUGGAGGUAUCCAGUUAACUUUUCAGUACACUAUAAUAUCCGGCAUUACAUAACGUUUACUAUAUUGGUGCGCGAAACAUGGAACGAUUACCGCAUUAGCCAAGUCUAAAGCAUUGGUCUAAAGUUCAUCAAUGAGCGCGGGCGUGGGUUACCGUGAGUGGUUCGGUGGGUGGUCAUCCUCACUGAUCUCAAAAAUAUGGCGGACUGUCAUGAAUAGCGGACACUGAUUGGUCCAAUUUCAAGUUUGCAUUAUAACGACUGCAUGACGACAGCGAAAUAACAAACAUUUCUUGAUUUGAUGAUUGAUAAAUUUCUUGCAAAUAUAUUUCAUUUUUGCUCGCAUUUUUGCAAGAUUUUGUAAAUUUCAAGAAAGAAAGGGCGAAAGAAUCGGCUAAAAGAAGGGAGCCGACGUUAACGAAGGUAAGUUUGUUUUAAAUAUUGAUUUUAUCCAUUAUAAAACCCGACGGCCUUUGCGUAUAUGAAACAACUAUAAAACAAGACAGCAUAUAAUUUCAGUGUAUCUUUAAUAUUGGUUCCCUUUUUUAUUAUAUUGAAUUUUUUAAAUAAAAAAGAAAGCAAAGUUAUUUGCAUGCGAGAAUUUGAAAUCAUUUUAUUGCACACUCAAAGUUUAUCGAUAAUUAAAGCCAUUUAAUUGUUAAAGGCAGUUUAGUUUUAUAAGGAACACUUUAUUAUUUAAUUUAAAACGUUUGCGAAGCGUUUGUGGUUGAAUUUUACCUUAAAUUGAAGCUUAUAUUACGUAUAAUAACAUACCUAACAUAUAUAUGUUGGGAAAUUGAUAAAUUUGUGAUUAAAAGUGACAUUUUUAAGGUGGCUCGAUACAGUUUUCAGAAAUUCAGGUGUUUAACACUUUGACAUGUUCAAACUACGCAUUUUUAGGAUUUAUUCGGCAGAUAUUAGGUUUUUUAUAUAUUUUGAUAUCUCUACUUUCAAAUUAUAUUAGUUAUAGUAACAGAUAGUUCGUUGCUAUGACGACAUACGUGUACGAAAUUCACUCCAAAAUGGCCUCUAUUCUCGUAUAGUUGGGAAAAAAGCUUGGUGACCCCCAAUUUUUUUUCUUGCAUUAUUUUACUUAGACGAAAAGCUAACAAUUAGCAAAACAUAAAAAAAUUCUGUAAUGCCAUUUUUUUGGAAAAUGCGAAAAUGUCAUAUUCUUCUGUAAUUUUUUUUUGGCAUUACAGAAUUUUUUUAUUUUUUGUAUGAUGAAAGUUUUUAGCGAUGCAAUACUGCAUGCAAAAUUUGAACAUAGGUCACCAGGCAAAAUAAAGAGAUAUAGCGCAUUGUUUUUCUAAGAUGGAAAAUUCUAAUGACGUCAGCAAUUGAUAUAAAACGCUAUAGAACACGCGCAAUGGCAUGAUAUGGCGCGAGCAACUGCUCACGUCAAGUCAUUUUGGAAGUUCUUUCAUUUUGUUAAUCAGUUUCCGCGACCUGCGCGUAAAAAUUGUUACCCGGUUUUGAGUUCGCGAUUCUUGAGCAGAGUUUUUGUGAUAACUAUAUCGAGCCACCUUAAGCGAUUUUUCAUUUGUAAGAAUAUUCUUAAAAAAUUAUCGUGUUACCAUGACAACAACUUUAGAUACUUCAUGUUCGGAAAAUACAAUGGUUUUGUCAGCAAGGCGAGGGUUUCUGCAUGCAUGUAUUUUCUAGUAUAUACACAAUAUCAAUGUAACAACAAACUAAAUACAGAUAAGUUGAUUAUAUAAUAAUUUUUGUUUGUGGAAACACCACGUAAAUUUAUUACUGCAAAGCUUUCGAUCCGUAAGCCCGAAUCUUUACAUGCCCCCCCCCCUUACAGUAUACCAAAAGUGCCGUGAUCUGAUGGCUAAAGACUAAUAUGUGCACACUACAUGGUAACGUUUUCGAGCGUUUUCAGCUGUAACGUUUUCAAAAAGUGUAGUUUUCAAGCCGUGUCCACACAAAAACGGAUGAAAACUACGUCUUGUGACACAAACGUUUUCAAUGCUAAAAACGUUUUCGGAGAAGCGCCUAAAAAUUAAAGAUGGCGGCUUAAUUAACAUCAAAAUAUUAUAUUCUUUGUUUCCUGAAAGCUUAGAUCUUUCAUUGGUAUCAUUAAUUCUUAAGUUAAAAACUUUAGCAACAGAUAAAACAAAAUAUUUAGCAUUUCAAGUGUAUAAUGAUUUAUGAACGAUUCAAAAUUUGUUUUGCUUUCGAAGGAACGACAGACUUCUUAUCGGUGAUGUUGAACAUACAUGAUAAAACUGUUUACUUUAUUACUAGAAAACACAUGCAUGCAGAAACCCUCGCCUUGCUGACAAAACCAUUGUAUUUUCUGAACAUGAAGUAUCUAAAGUAGUUGUCAUUGUAACACGAUAUUUUUUUAAGAAUAUUCUUACAAAUAAAAAAUCGCCUAAAAAUAUCACUUUUAAUUACAAAAUUAUCAAUUUCCCAACAUAUAUAUGUUAGGUAUGUUAUUAUACGUAAUAUAAGCUUCAAUUUAAAAUAAAAUUCAACGACAAACGCUUCGCAAAACGUUUUAAAGUGUUCGUUAUAAAACUGAACUGCCUUUAAUUCAGGGAUUAUUCUAAGGUGCAGUGAUAACCAAUUUGUGCAGUGAUAAAUGAGAUUUGUGCAGUGAUAAAUUAGAUUAUGUGUAGUGAUAAAAUGGGAUAUUGUUCAGUACCAGAAAUUGGCGACAAAAUGACUACUGCUUGUAUACUAAUUUGCAUAUAAUCCACAUGUGACACAUGCAAUGAUAUUGCAAUCUGAGAGCUCGGCUACUGUUUGCAAUAAAGCUACAAUAAAGCAUUCAUGCAUUUACUAAUGUUUCAGUGGCAUAUUUAUUCCGAUCGGGUAUCUCUCCUAGCAGCCAAGUCGUGUUCAAGAAAAUCACUUUUACGUCAUCUUCGCAAGGUUAAGAUGCUGCCGAGCGAUUUUGUUUUGAGAUUUUUGACACUGUUUUUUGACAACAGUUUAUAGAUUAAUCUAUUUCAUGCAUGCAGAGUGUGAAAGACUAGCAUGGGCGUACCGGAAGGAAAAAAUUAGGGGGGCGGAAAGAAAAUUGCCCGACUUUUCGGGAUUCUGCCCGACUAGUACCAAAAAAAUUUUCCGGAAAAAUUAUCGGCUCGUCGUCGGCUCGGGGAUAAUGAACAGAGGACAUUUUAGGAAACUCGUUGACAAGUAAUGACUCCAUCUGGUAGAAAAUAAACGGUGAUCUGAGAAAGUAAGAAGCCGCGAGAGAUGGAGUUUUUGUCGAGACAAACAUUACUCUCCUACGCAGACCUACUUUAGCGGGUUUGGGCCCGCCACGUACGGUCUGCUUACUUUGGCCAUCGCCUUCCCAUUGUAUUCCAUUAGCCAAUAGCAUUCAAAUACGCUAGACACGCCUACUUUGAAUGUCAGCGAUAAUCGAAUAAUAAUAUAUACGUAUUUAAAUGGCCAUAAAUGUGAACAGAUCGAGUUUUCUGAUCAAUAGCAGUCGAAGCCAGAAAAUAUUGAAUAUUUUUCCAACGAAUGUACGGCGAAGGCUUAAAUGUAUAUAAAACUUUUCAGUGGUAAUACUUGUUUUGAACUUGACGCGACUGCGUGACGACAUGUAUAUUCAAUAUAUACUAUAAGUUUACAAACGUUCAAUAUCAGAGCGACUUUUGUAAUUACGAUUUUAUUAAACUUUAUAAACUGGCUAGUCAUAUACAAACUUAGAAACCGAAGUAUGCAAUGAAUCAAUUCAGUAUUUUAUAUAAGCUGAAUUCUGUAAUCUUCAAUUAGUAUUUAUAAAUCUAUUAUCUACACCCGCAGUAGUGUACACUGUACCUUUAUAACUUUGUCUUGACGUCUUUGUCCAGUAUAUAUUACCCGUUGUUACACCUGAAAUUGGCUGCAAACGCUUGUAAAGUAAUCAAAACAUCGCGAAAUAUUUUAGGUGAUAUUGUUAGAUUUUACUACACUGUCUGUUCACUGCAAUAGCUCGACAAAUUCUAACAGAUUUUACAAUUGUUCCAUAUUGUAAAUCUGUAGACUGGUAUAUGUAUAACAAAUAUAUCUCUCAGCUCUCGCAGAUAAUCGAUUUAAGAUAUGAAUAUGAAUACGUACAAAUGAAGAUAUGUACGACCCAAGCCUCAAGGUCAAAGGUCAAGCCUCACAAUUUUCGUGGGUAAAGCUGUGAUUGGCUAAUUUUGAGGAAAGGAAUUCUUGGCCAAAGUAAGCAUACCUUACGUGAGGGCACAGCCCGCUAAGUAGGUAUGCGUAGAAAACUAGACAAACAUUUGCAUGCAGUGAAAUCGUUUCCGUGGACAGAGCGUCAAACUGACAAAAUUGGAAACGACAUUUUAGAAACGCUCGGAAACGUUACAGUGUGCACAUCUAGUCUAAAAUGCACCAAAUCUGCGACACGGACGCGACUAAAAAACAGUCGCUAAUAAUGGGAGACUACACACGUAAAAACGCACAAGUUGUUACAAGUCUGCAAACAAGCUGUUACACGUCUGUUCACAAGCUGUCAACAAGUUGUGCUCGCACUGCUUGUUCCCAGUUUGUUGUAACAAGUUUGAAACAAGCUGUUAUAACAACUUGUAACAAGCUUGAUGCCAUUAUCAGCCUUGUUACAAGAUUGUGCUAACAAGUUUGUUACAGCCAUGAUAUAACAAGGAUGUUACAAGGUUGUCAACACAAGAUUGUAACAAUCUUGUUAUAUCAAGCAUGUCACAGACUUGUCAGAACAACGUUAGUAAGUAAGUAAGUGAACUUUAUUUAACCACGGUAGACUCAUCAGGAUUUACAAUAAAAUAGACAAGGGACAUUACAAAUAACAAAAUAUGGAAAUACAUUAUUAAUACCUGUUUUCCAUGAUUGCCGUGCAUUAUUAACUAAUAAUGUAGAUAGGAGUAAAAAUAUUAAAAUUAUCGAAUGAAGUUGCUACAAUCAGCCUUGAAUUUACGUAAAGAGCUAGCCUGCCGUAAUUCUAUAGGAAGAGAAUUCCACAGUACCGCACCACUGUAACUAAAACUAUUUUUCAAAUAGUUUGUACGCG